AUGGAUGAAACUAUGAAACAAUUCCAAAAGAAAUUAAUAGAACUGGAAGUGGAAGUUGUAACAGCCAGGGUGUCACAGAAUCUUCUUUUAGUCCAACAUGUGGCUAUGCAUUUGUUCCUUUUGGUAAAAGUAAAGCUGGUUGAGAAUGAUAGAUUGAGAAAUGGGAAUAGAGAAGCACUUACUGCAUUAAGGAAGAGGGCUCGGACAACCAAGAGUAGUGUUCCAUCUCCUUUUGAAUCAAUAAUGAAAGGAGUAGCAGGGACCAGCUCGAGACCUUUGGUGCAAGAGGUUUGCACCACCUGUGGCAAACAUGACUCUUCUGAGCAGACAUGGAUGAUGUUUCCAGGAACUGAUCUGUUUGCCAGAAUUCCAUUUCAUGCGGCUCAUACUAUAUUGGAAACAGAUCAAACACAGCUUGACUUUGAGGCGAAGAGACUACAGAGCCUUGUGAAGGAAAAAUCUUACCUUACAUCAGAGGCAGGUGUUCUUUCUCACAAGGUAAGUCCUGGAGUGCUCAAAUCACUUGUAACCUUAAAUAACAAGCCAAAGUAA